GGACGGGAUGUGAGGAGGGAGAGCUGCAGUGCUUACGCCCGUCUCCCUUUUCCUUCUUAUUAUCAAUCCCCCGCCUUUCCCCCAUCUCCCUUCGGCACACCAAGAUUGGCCAAACCUGGACCUUGGCCGUGGAGAAGCAGCAGAUGUGAAGCAGCGAUGCCUGCAGCACUUGUGGAGAACAGCCAGGUUAUCUGUGAAGUCUGGGCCAGCAACCUAGAAGAAGAGAUGAGGAAGAUCCGAGAAAUUGUGCUUAGUUACAGUUACAUUGCUAUGGACACAGAAUUUCCAGGUGUUGUAGUGAGACCAAUUGGGGAAUUUCGAAGUUCCAUAGACUACCAGUAUCAGCUUCUUCGGUGUAAUGUUGACCUGCUUAAAAUUAUACAACUGGGCCUCACAUUCACAAAUGAGAAAGGAGAAUAUCCUUCUGGAAUCAACACCUGGCAGUUCAACUUCAAAUUCAAUCUUAU